AUGUUUUGUCUACGCAGUUGGCUCCCGCUGCUCUUCAUCCCGACAAACGCUUCUCCAGCAUUCAUCUUCCUGUUCUUCAUCUGCACCUACUUCCUCAACCGGCCCUGCGUGUACUGCUCUAUCCUGCUGCUCAUCCUCUUCCUGACCUCGUGCAACUGGUCCGACCGAUGCUUCUUUGAUUUCGGGAGCAACUGGUUCCUGCCGCGCCCGGGAACACCGACCCAGCUGCCUGUCGACGAGGAGAGCUUCAACUCGACGGCUUUUGAAAUGGUAAACACGACACUUGCUGCGAUUGCCAAGUCGGCUAGUGAGGAUCUCGAGGCGAGGAGAGCCGAGUGGUCUGGGUUGGGGAUUGAAUGGCUCAGAAAUCUUUUGGGCAAGAGAGAGUGGAGGAUUGAUUGUAUGGAUAUCUACAUUCGUCUAUAG